CAGAGAUUAAUAAUCGUCCGUGUGUGUGAUAGCGUCAUUUCGUGUGUACGCCGUAUAUGUGUGUCGUGGUGGUGUUCCCAGUCUACCGCCCGCGUACAGUAAUCGUUUUCACGACCUGAGUCAAUCAUCGUUCAAAUAAUUAAAUUAUUAGGAACGAACAAGUAACCGAAGGCUGCGUCGUCGGUAGUAUGUAGGUGACGAUCGGUCACCCGAGUAAGUGAGAACAUCUCUAUAACCGAACAGGGAGCGAUAACAUCAUGGACACGGUAAAUGAAAUCGUCGAAGAGACAACGGAAAACGAGCUUCCGACGCCGACCGUAGUCGUAACGACGCCGGUGACUUCGGACACCACGGUGACAACAAUAACUACUGUGACUGCGGUAACUACAACUCUGAAUAGCGAGACGGAUCUCUAUCAGCUAUGCCGUCUGUGUCUAAGCACGUUGAAGGGGGACGAGGGCGAAUCGGUGUUCAACAACCAAGUGCCUUCGCUACCGGAAAAAAUCUACCGUGUAUUCGGGGUAAGCGGCCUCGUGCCAUCAACACAAUAUUACGUUUUCCGGUGUGCAUUGGAAAUAUUAUAUAUUCUAAUAAUAAUAAUAAUAAUAAUAAUAAUAUUGUUUAUGGCGGUUCAUGUUAACAGGAGGAAAAUAUUGUUAACAGAUAAUACGAGAAAAUACGAAAACGUGAUAAUGCGGCGGCGACGACCGAUAAUGGCGUUGUGCGCGGUUUUUAUCAUCGGCCCGCGACUUUUUUUAUUAUUAUUUUUUUCCUAAUCAUUAUCUCGCUCGCAAUGAACGCAAUCGCGUUUUAUCGCGCGAGUCGAUCGUCGCGUACGGCGAUACCCCGGCUCGUGAGAAAGGCCUGUUGGCUACGAAAAUAAUAUCUAAUUAUUAUUAUUAUGAUUAUUAUUCUUAUUCUCUUCGUUGGUUGUUUUUUUUUUUUUUUUUUUUUUUUUAUCGGCCGCGCGGCAGCAGGCUGUCGAUGGUGCCGUGCGUGCGGCGGGCCAUAUUAUCCGAGAACCGAAUGGUUCCGUACGCCGUCGGCGGUCGCCCGCGUUUCGCCACCGCCAAACCGUGUUGUAACGUCCGUACGUUACGUGUGUGUUAUAUUGAUAAUGGCCGACCGCCGUCGCCUGAUAGGCCAUUGUUUGCGGCGGCCCGUAAUCACGCGCGCGCACGUACCGCCGCGACGCGCGCGUUUUUUCAUGUCCGUGAUUGCGUUGUCGAUUCCCCGGCCGCCUCCGCCGAGUCGGCGCUAUUGCACGUUUAUUUAUUAUCGCUUGUUUAUAUCGUAAUCAAAUUAUUACUAUCGGUUUUUGUUCCACAACAACCGCGCCGCCCGUUGAUAUUCAUAUUGCGAUUUCCGCCAAAAAUAUUCGUCUCUUUAUUUGUAUUUUAUUUAUUUUUUUUUUUUCUUCUAUCCUUUCCUCUCUGUUGUACCGUACGUACGCAUAUUAUUCGCUAACGAUUUUCUUUCGUUUCGUUUUCUCGAGACCCUCCUCCCGCCCCGUCCCGUCCACGAUGCCGUCGCCGCCGCCGCCGCACUCGCAUAUGUGUAGUAUUUUUAUUUUGUCGUCCCGUUCCUAGAGACGCGUAUCCGUCGAACACUUCUCGCCCGCUCCCCACUCCGCACAAACAGGUUUUAUUUUUAGACGUCCCGGUAUCUCCUAUGCUGCCCCUCGGUUUUUAUUUUAUUUUGUUACCUUUUUUUUUUUUUAUCACGCAGGCUAUUUUAUCGUUGUGCGGAGUUUUUUUUCUCUUAAUUUCUCUGUUUAAAUCCUGAUGUAAUUUUUCUUUUUCGUCUUGGAUGUACCGUUUUCAUUAUUAUUUCUUAUGUGUUAUAUUAUAAUAUAAUACACGGUCCAUUUUCAAAAAAAAUAUUAAUAGUCGGAAAAAAAAUGAUUCCAAAUGUCUGGAUGAUCGUACACAUCUGGUAAAAAAAGGAAACAAUGUUUGGAUUGUCUUAGCCAGGUGUUUCAAAUAAUAUUAUUGAUUAUUGUUGCAUACCCAUGGUUUAUUUUGACCUGGUAUGCCUACAUCAAUCAAAUUUUGAACAGUUCGUACCUUAUUUAAUAUUAUAGGUACCUACACACUAAUCAUUUAAUAAGAGUUACCUAUAAUUACUGCUUAAAGGUGAUAUUAUAUAGGUUAUACUGAAAUAAGUAUAAAAUUUAUUAAUAUGAAAUCAACUAUUUUUUUUAAUGAAAUACAUUUUUUAAAGUACAUAGCUGCACAGAUAAUUACAUUUUUAAACCCGUGUAUUGAAACAUUUAAUGUGAUUUUUUAGAACUUGUAUAGCUACAUUGAGUUUUAUUUUUAUUUAUUUAGUUUUACAUUUUUUUUUUAUUAGGUACAUUUAUCAUAAUAGAAUAUGAUUAAACUAAACCGAUACCUUUGAAAUAGGUAGGUACUUACCUAACUGUUAUUCUUUCUAUUAUUAAAUUUAAAGAAUUUCAUAGGACAUUAAUCCAUAAUUUGUUGUCUUUAAUUAGUUAAUUUAAUUGCAUCAGUUUAAUAUUGAACAGAUACCAAUUCGUGAUACAUCUAUGUAAAAAUUAUAUUAUCAAUUAAACUAAUAAUAUAAUAUGCAUUAUCUGCACCUAUUUAAAACAUUAAAAUUAAUUUUGUAUUUAACAAUUCAGGUGCAAAUAACUGAUGCUAAGGAUUUACCAAACAAACUUUGCUCAAAAUGUGUGCAAAAUACUGAACAGUGUUACAGCUUUAGAGAAACAUACAAACGCCAAGAACGUCUUUUACAUGACAUGAUUAAAAAACCAACAGCCGUAAGAAUAAUAUUAUACAAAAUGAGAAAUUAAUACAUUACUUAUUAAUUAAUGUUAUAAUUAAUAAAAACAUGUUUAUGUAUACACAGGAAGAAAAUAAAAACUCUCCAAAUUCAGAGUACGUGUACAGUCCUGCAGAUUCAAAUCACUCGUCAUCAUCUGGUGUAUCUUCUGACCCUCGUUACGUAAAAACUACUACUACUGCAAAUAAUAUGAACAAUAUCAGUUCUAGUUCUCCGCCAUAUGAGACAAAUGCCUCACUAGCUUCUCAUGGUAGGUAUUAAAAUAUAGUGCAUAGUAGGAUAGGUUUUAUGUAGAGAUGGGACGAACAAGAUUUUGUGGUCAAAUCAAAUUGUUGAUAUUUGUACCAGACUGGUUUGAGAUAUUUUAAUAUAAUGUUUAUAAUUAUAUUCUGUUUUGUAUAUUAAUUCUCUGUCAGUGCUUAUGCAGAUUGAUUCUUUUAUCAUGAGUCAGCAAUUUUCUCUGGGAAUUUGAUAUCUGUUUUUAUUAUUAUAUUUAGGCUUUAUUUUAAAACCAUUUUUAAAUUUCCACUCCUACUCCAUGUACUUAGAUAAGUAUAUACUCUUGGUUUUCAAAUGUGAAUCUCCCUUUUUGGACACAUAUUUAAGAAUAUUUUUCUAGGCAUUUUAAUAUACAUUAAUAUCAUUUAUGAGUUAUAGCAGUAAUAACUGGCAAAGUGACAGAUGGUAAUAAAUUAUGUAUUUAUUUUUAAAUAAAAAAUUAAUAACUCUUCACUACUCCUCUGAUCUAAACUUCUUGAAGUUUGUUUGUCAUAGACGAAUCACCCUGUAAAUAUGAAAAUAAUAAAAGAUUUUAUUAUAAUAUACACAGAUCGAUAGGAAUUUGGGCAAAUAAAAUAAACAUUGGAUUUUUUUGAUUGCUUAUUAAUUAUAAUUUGUCAGUAUAAUUUUUAUUAACAAUGAAUAAUAAAAUACCUGCAGUUCAGAAAUACAUAUUUUAUUUGGUUUUUAAACAGUUUGUUCUAGUUAGAUUCAAAAUUUAGGUUCUUUAUAUUCCGGACAGUUCAACCCAUCUCUAGUUAUAUGUAUUUAUAUGUGUAAAACCUUUAUUUAUAUAUAGUUGAAGUUAUUCAAGGGUGUGAUGAAAUGGCUGCAGAAGUAACUAUUGCUCAUGAUUCGGAAGAAACUGUGUCUGGAGAUGACACUAUUUGUACUGAUAACAAUGCUGAAUACGGAACAUAUAACGAUGAUGAAAAUAUUAUUGUAGUUAAAACUGAACCUGAUGACGAUUAUGAAGAAGAAUAGUAAGUCCAUGCAAUUUAAAAAGUUUCUUAAUAUUAAUAAUAUGUAUUCGUUUUUGCAACUAAACUAAUAUAUUUAAUUAAUUAAUAGUAGUUACAAUGGUUUGUAUAGCAAUAAAAAUGAGGAUGGUAAUGAAGGCUAUGACCAACAAGAUGGACCAAAUGUUAUAGCUAGUGUACAAUUUCCAAUUGUAAAUGGUACAAUUGUUAAUGGUACUCAUAAAAUUGGUCAGAAGCAAUUUUCUUUAGUUAAUUGUAUUCCAACUUCUUGGGUAAGUCUCAUAAUACUUUUGUUAAAGGAUAUAGAUUGCCAUCACUAUUAAUUUAUGUAAUAUUAUCAGGCAUCUAGUUCAAGUAAAGAUCGUCGUAAACAAAGUUGUCCAACAAGAGCAUUGGAAUUAAGUGGUUUUCGGACACAAGUUGCUGGGGAUGACUCAUCAGAUGAAGGAAAUAUACCGACAAACUGGACGACUAAAAAAAUACGAUCUAAUUCACCUGCUGUUAUUGUAAAGCCAGCAUAUGCUUGGCCAAAUUUACAAGGUGGUGGCCAGACCCUCAUAUUUCAAACUAAAGUUAGUGUUAAAAAUUACAAAGAAAAUAAAUGAAAUAUUAGCAAAAUGGUAACAUUUUUAAUUUUUUUUUUUUUUAUAGAAUCCUGAUGGUACAACAUCCGAACUUCGUCCACAAGUAAUGCAAGUUGGUGAAUGGGCUAAUAGUCAAGGUCAGUCAAAUGCGCCUACUGAUCCAUCAGACCGCAUGGGUAUGUUAUUAUUUGCUGCUACUCAUAUUCAAGAGCUAUCCACCGAAAGUGAUGAUGGUCAGUCUCCUGGAACACCCAAAGGUGCUACUGUAGUACGUGGAAAGUUAGUAUCGUCUGAGCAAAAACGUAAGUUAUAUCAAACUCAAGCCACAAUCAGACGGUAUUCAGAAGGUCAUCAAGUACAACAGCAAGUGAAAGACGUAAAUGCUUCUCCAAACAUACCUAGAAAACGCACUGUAAGUAUUAUUAACAGAUCAUGUAUUUAUACCUAAUUUAUAUCUUAAUUUUUUUUUAAUUUUUUUUUAGGCAAGAGAAUCAUCAGUUCAAAGAAUGUGCAGCAAUUGUGGAACAACAUGUUCAACAAUAUGGCGACGAUUAAAUGAAGAUCCUGUUUGUAACGCUUGUGGAUUAUACUACAAGCUACACGGAAAAAUUAGACCUCCAACCAUGAGACGUGAUACUAUUCACACCAGACAACGUAGAAAACGAUCAGACAACGGUUAGCAUUCCCGCCUAUUUUAAUAAGCUAGAAAAAAAAAAAUCAAUUAAUUUCCUUCAUUAUUUAAAAAUCUAAUCAAACUUCUGUUUUAAACAAAUUUCGGACGUCUCCUUACUGUCUUAAACUAACAAAACUUCUAGUUACUUUAAUUAUUCACGUUGUGUAGUAAUUUUAUAGCUAAGUGCCAAACAAUUGUAUUUUUUUUUUUUUUUUUUUUUUUUUUUUAUGGUACACUAAUAUAUUUAUGCAAUCGCAGCACAUUAAAAUCUAAAAUUAAGCGGUGGUGAGGACAUUUAUACAAGAAUUUUGCGCUUGCUUUCAGGUAAGAAUGCGGUAUAAGUUGAUAACGUUUCUUGUUUUAUUAUAGCUUUGUAAUAUGCUUAGAUAUUAUUAUAUUUUUCGAAUUAGAAUAUUGUUUACUUUUAAUCAAUAAAUUCACCAUUAUUUUACUAACUUUUCAUAAAUAAUAAACAUAAUAAACACAUUAUUUUUGUUAGCAUGACCAUAAUAAUUUUGUAAUUGAUAACAUGUUACUAUUCAACUUUGUAAAAUUAAAAUAUUUAAAAAUACUAUAGUUUAGUGUUAAGUGUUUUUAAAGAAAUAAGUUGUAAAAAUAAUAUAUAUAGUUGUGGGAUAUUAAAGAGAAGAUUUAGUUUAUCAAAAAAAUACUCUUACCUGAUUAAUUAAUAAUUUAUAGAGUAUUUUAUUAAUAUUCUUAAUUUCUCUAAUCUAUUGUUUAUCUCGUAAGUAUUAAAAUAGUUACAUUAAUAUCUGCAAUUAAUUGGUACCAGUAAAUUAUAGUUUAUCAAACUUUUCAUUAUGCAAAUUUAUACUGAACUUUUUGUAAAUACUUUAUUUUAAACAUUUAAUGAAGAUAAAUGAUUAUAAUAUUCAUUGUAAAUUAAAUUGGAAAUAUUAUUAGAAUUCAAAAUAUAUGUUGUUUUAAAAAAUUGCGUUAUUGAUGAGUAUUUGGAUUAUUGUAGUUCAUUUAUAAUUCUUGAUUUGUAAGAUUCAUAUAAUUGUUACUAUUACAGUUAUUUGGUUGACAUAUCUAAAUAAACAAGUAGAAAUAUUUAAUAACUUUCUGGUGAACAGUUAAAAUAUUUGCUUUUUACUUUUUAAUAUUAGCAAGUGGUGGUUGUUAUUAUUGCUUAGCAGAGUAAACGAGGUAAAUUAACUUAAUAAAAAUGUAGUAUCUUUGUUUUUCUUUGUAAUGCUUAAUAGCAAGAGACUAAAUUGUUAACUAUCUAUUUAACUGAAAAGAGAAAACAUUUUGUCUUAUUAUUGGCAUUGUAAUAAAUAUUUCAUUUUACAAUUUAAAAAUGUAAGCCAAUAAAGUAUUGUUUCUCAAGUUAACAUGCCCACAUUCAGUUCAUUGUGGAGUCGUCCGAAUAUACAUCAGAACGGUUAAAAGUACUUAAAAGUUUAUUCUUGUGUAGGUAUGGACAUAAGCAUGAAUAAGAAAAAAAUCAAAAUUAAAAAACCAGAAGUUAAGUUAGAAGAAGAGUAUGAAGUAGAGCAACCACCGUCGCCCAAUUCAGCGGCAGUACAAACUAUAAUUGAAGAACCUGUACAAGAUGAAACACCACUAAAUCUCGUCAGCAAAUAACGAGUGUGUGUUAUACAAGGUUCGUCAUAUUCCUCGUUAAUAACUUUUUUUCCUAAUAACAUGUAUGUGUAAUAUAAGAAAUAAUUAAAUUAAGUAUUGAAUCUAUAUUUGUGUUCUUGUACUGAAAAAGGGUUAUCACAAGAUUUUUUUUUUACACAUGCAAUAUAUUAACUUGUAUUAAAUCGUCUAAUCAAAUUGAUUUUUGACUUGCUUAUGUUUUGUAAUCAAAAUUAAAUUAUGAUUUUAUUAUAAGAAAUGUUUGAAAAAAUGUUAAUGUUCAUAUAUAAUAUUAGUAUUCCUUACCAUUUUUAUAAAUGGUAAUUUUUAUAAAUUUUUCAAUCAAUAAAUUAACAUUAAUUUUCACAAUUACAUUAAUUACUAACCAGUUGAUAUAAAAAUUUUAUUAGUUAUUAAAAAUGUUUAUUAUUUGUUAAUAAUUAUUCAAAAUGUAUGUCUGGUACAAUGUUAUACUAUGACAGUUUGAGCUCGGUGUUCGUAACAAUCAAGGGUCCCCUUUCUUAUAUCAUACAUAAAUGUCUACCUCCAUUAUAAGUUCUAAAGCCAAUCUUUUUUUUUUUUAUUUUUUUUUUUUUAAAAAAAUGUAUAUAUUUUAUAAUAUGAAUUCAUACAAAUUUAAAAAUUAGUAUUAUAUAUAAUAUAAUAUUAUUGAUAUUUUUAUAGAUUUUCUAUUAACAUUGUAUGUAUAGAUAUUCUGGUGAAAACAUUGUAAAUAAUAUAAACUUAAAAUAAUAGGUCAUUUCGUUCAAAGGGUCAUACAUAUAAUUGAAAAUAAUAAUAAAUAUUGUAGUACAUAUUAAAUUUUAAGAAUAAAAGUAUUUCGAGCUUAAGUUUUGAUAGGUUAUUUGUUAUGCAUUUCAGUUGCAUGGUUUUUUUUUUUUUCUUAAAUAGAUUAAAAGUUAUUAUUUUUAUUCUAAAGUGGCCACAAAAUAAUAGUCCACCUGAAAUUUGUAUAAUUGCGUAUAUAUAUUUGCCUUCACCAAUAUGGUUUCAAAAGUAUUGUAUUUUUUUUUUUUUUAUAUAUAUAUUACUGUAGUACUAAUAUUAUAGUUUAAUAUAAAUGGAUUAAGUUACGAAAUUGAUAUUAACCAUAAUAAUUUUUUUAAUAUAAUGGCGACUGAGUUUUAAUUAUGUAUAUACAUAGUAUAGCACAUGUAUAUAUUUUUGUGAUUUAUUAAGUCCAUCACCUAUUUCAAUUAGUAUUGCAUUGUUGCACUAAUGAUAAUUAAAAAAUAACAGUUAUAACUAAUACGUCUAAUGUAUCUAAUGAUACAUGAAUUAAGUUGGUAUUUUUAUAUUGCACAUUAUGUUAAUACAGAGGACAUAAGAUUAUACAGUUCAUAAGAAGUCGUUAAAGUAUAUAAUGUUUAUUUAUUUUUACAAGUGCUUGAUUAAUAAAACUUAAAAGCAAUAAUUCCCUUUCCGUUAGUUGUUAUAUUGUAAAGAAUAUUUUUUAAAUUGGUAUCAUGUUUAAAUAUAUUUAUUAAUAUUUUAUAAACUUUUGUCUGUACUUAUAUAUAUUAUUUUUUUUCGAAAUCUAUUUUAGAAUGCAUUUAUAUUAAGUCUGUAGAAUUUUAUAUUUUUGUGACAUUUGGUAUUAAAAUUGUACACUAUUAAAUAAAUAAGUAAAUCUUUAAAAAAUAUUAUUUCCAACCAUAUUUUUACUUUAGACAGAGGUUAAUUGUAUGUUUUUAUUGUAGCUCUUUAUGAAGAUUAUAAGUUUAGAAAUGUAACAAUUUAAAAUUGUAAAUUAUUAAGUAACAAUAAAACUUUAAAAAUAUUAUUUUAUUAAUAAAAUUGUAUAUUAUAUAUAUAUUAUUCAUAUUGGAUUAUAAUUUCCAUCAUUUUUUCCUAAUAAGUUUUAAAUUAUAUGUUAUAACUAUAACAUAAUGCUUUGUUAAUUUUAAAAAUUUAGUAUGUACACUAAAGUGUUUAAGGGUCAGAUUUGUGUUCUCAUGUAUACUGGUGUGCCAUUUCAAAACAAACAUUUUUGGUUUGAAAUAAUCACAGUGUUGAAAGCGAUCAUAAAUAUAAAAUAACUCAACUAUGUGUGCAUACGAAUAACUGAACUAAUAAGCACACUAAAAAUCUAAUCACACAACUACAUAUUUGGUGAUGUGAAAAGUGUACACACCAAACCAACUCUUUCUAAUACUAACAUUUUUGGUUAAAACAAAUAGACCUAUUAUAAACCUAACUAAAAU